CCGCGUCCCGCACACGCCCUAUAAGCUGCACUGGCAGCUACGCGGCGUCGUUCUGGGAUAUACAGUAACCCUCCGUAGCAGCGCUGCAGCUCAGUCCAUCUGUGGUACCUCCUAAGCUGCUAGAGUAGCAGCGCAGCAGCAGCGCAGCGCAGCAGCAGCAGCACCCACGCUGCAGCAUAUACGCUAGCCGACGACAGCCAUGCGAGCCAUCCUGCUCUGCGCCGCGACCGCAGGAGCCGUCAUAGUAGUCAGACAAGCCGCGCCCGACGAAUUACUAAGAGUCGCGCGCUUCAGAGCAGCCGCCUUCUCGAGCGACGGCCGGACGGCCUCGCCCGCGCGGGCCCAGGCCGUCCACAAACUCGUGGAGGACCGCGUCGCGCGCGGCUCUACAUUACUUUGUGCACUCGCCUCCGGUGAAGACGCGGCGUGCCUCGAGGAAGAAACAGAGGGCGAUGGGUGGCAUCCGGGCCUCGAGACGAGCCAGCCGAUGAAACUGUUCCAGUCCUUCUUUAAGAGUGAGCCCGGCGCGACGCUGGACGAGUCGCUGGACGAUUGUCGGAUUGUGGGGGUCUGUGAUGUUUCUAGACAUGAGUUCGAUUUACCCACGCACUCGCUCGCGCCGGACUACGCUCUAUAUUUGACGGCGCUGGCCGUGCAUCCUGCUUUAAGGCGGCGGGGCGUCGCGUCUUCCUUGUUAGAGGCCGUCGACGCGCACGCGAAGCGCGAGGGCCUCGCGCAAGUGAUCCUGCACGUCGAGGACGACAACGACGCGGCCAUCGCGUUCUACGAGGCCCAAAACUUCGCGAGAGUCAAGGUCGACCGGGACCUGCGCCAGUUCGGGACGGCCCUCGGCCUGAACCCGGACAUCCACUACCUGUUUUCGCGGAGCGUUGUAAGUUAAUC